CGACACUCCGCAAAACCGCCAUGUAACACCGACGAGGAAAGAGCCCGAUGUUGUCUCCUUUUCCUCCGCUCUUAUUUGGCUUCUAUUCAAAUUUGGGUCAGGGGUGAGAAAGCCCAACGUCACAAGCUUGCAACAUGGCGUCCCGAAGGCUGUGAGAUGAGCAAGAGGAUGGUACAUUGAGAACGAUUCUACCGAUGUAAAAAGGUAUCUACGCGUUAUUUAUCUUAUUCUCCGAUGCGUGGGAUAGUAUGCUAGUGCAGGUUUAUUGUCGGUUGUGAACGGAUUGAUUGCGCAAAGGGGUGUGAAUCGCAAAUGAUCUUCGCUGUGGUGGCUUUCUAUCGCGUGCCAACAAAAAGGGCUUCGCUUAUGGUGCCUAUACUGGCUCUACCAGCUUGGCAAGAUGUCAGCUCCCUUUUUGUCUGCAUGAACAUCUUUGAAAACCCGCUGUCGAUCACAGCAUGAAUUUUCUACCGUUUUUGGUUUUGUAGAUACGAUAACAUUGUUUAAAUGUAUGUUAUUUCGCAAUGUUGGUUGCACCCGAUGAUAGCCUGCCACUGUUUAAUGCUUGGGUAAACUAGCUGGCAACCUGAAAGAAAGGAGGGAUCUCAAUGCAAUUAGUUUAGCUUGCGCACUACGAUUCUCCCUCAUCUUUAAAAACAUUUGUUAUUUCGAUUGUACAUGCCAUUUUAUAGGCAUUGGAUUUCUCAUGGGAAUGCCGUUUUCAUAUUUGGACUUCGAGGCUAUGUUGAUCACAACACAUUUUAUGGAUGCAAUUAUUUGAUUAAGGUGUUGCUUGUGUAGGAAGAGAGAGAAAAGGAAGGUGGAAAUGGAACUGCCAAAUCAUGCCAAACAAAUACUACUGCAACUCAACCAGCAGAGGGCUAAGGGCUUCCUGUGUGACGUCAUCAUCGUGGUGGAGAACGCUCUGUUCCGAGCCCACAAGAACAUCCUAGCAGCCAGCAGUAUCUACUUCAAGUCCCUGGUUCUCCACGACAACCUCAUCAACCUGGACACAGAGAUGGUGAAUCCCUCUGUUUUCCGACAAGUCCUGGACUUCAUCUACACGGGGAAGCUCCUGUCCUCAUUGGACCAGAGUAAUGAGCAGAACUACAGUGCCCUCUUGACCGCAGCCAGCUACCUCCAGCUCCAUGACCUCGCCGCGCUGUGCAGGAAGAAGCUCAAGCGAAGCGGUGGCAAGCCUCUGCCGGGUAAACUCUCCACCUCGGGUCCGCUCAGCCGACUGCGCCACAACAACGAGCGCCUCUCGUCCUCCGCCCUCACCCCCUCCCACAACCACUACGUCCUUGCCCCCUCUGACGCAGACCAGCCACAGCCCGAUGACGGCCUCGGGGACAAGCUCUCGGAUGAUGAGAUGUUCAUCGGGAGCACCGCCGUGAAGAAUGGGACCUGCGGGAGUGGUAGUAAUGGAAACCUCAGUAACGGUUUGAGCGGAAGGGAGACAGAUCUCGGGCUGGACCUGUCCAAGAAGAGCCCUCCAUCGGCGUGUACCACAACAGACGCACUCAGCCCUCACAGCAACUCACAGGGUUCCCCUCAAUCUGCCUCAGUAUCCACAACCAACAGUGCCUCACUGGAUGAUUCCACCAUCACUCUGCCCGGUCUGGACACCACCGGCCCAGAGCCCAUGGAGCUCAUGCCCACCCCCAAAGCCCCUGAAGACAGUCGGGCCCAUCCAGACGCUCCCCUGCCUCGCAAGAGCUCCCGCCAGGUAGCCCGCAAAAAGGAGUGGCCCAAGAGAGAGGCCUCUGGCCUGAAGGCUGAGGAUCGUGACCCGCCCCUGGUCAAUGGUGUGAUCGUGGGACCUAAAGAGGGCCGCUCAUCCAGGGGUGUAGGCAGGGACAGCAGGUGCAGCUUUCCCUCAGACCAGUCCUUCCAGUGUAAAGAGGAGGAGGAAGGAGGGGAGAAUGGGCAGGAGCACAGUGACCAGAGCGGGCAUAGUGAUGGAGAGAGUGGGGGAGGAGGGCACCACAGCGCCAACUAUGUGUACCGGCAGGAAGGGUUUGAGCCAGCGUUUGGGGACAACUUGUAUGUGUGCAUCCCCUGUGGGAAGGGUUUUCCCAGCUCGGAGCAGCUUAACGCCCAUGUGGAGACACACACAGAGGACGAGCUCUACAUCAAAGAGGAGGGAGGGGCCUUUGUGAAAGAGGAAGAGGCUGAGGACCUCUCGGCCCCCGUGGCUCCCACCACAUUCGGCAUCUCCGAGCCACGGCCCUUCAAGUGCACCGUAUGCAGUAAGAGCUACAAAGACCCGGCGACCCUGAGACAGCACGAGAAGAGCCACUGGCUGACCCGACCCUUCCCAUGUAACAUCUGCGGGAAGAUGUUCACCCAGAGAGGCACUAUGACGCGCCACAUGCGGAGCCACCUGGGCCUGAAACCGUUUGCUUGCGAUGAGUGUGGCAUGCGCUUCACACGCCAGUACCGCCUGACGGAGCACAUGCGCGUCCACUCGGGAGAGAAGCCGUACGAAUGCCAGUUGUGCGGUGGAAAGUUCACCCAGCAACGCAACCUCAUCAGCCACCUGAGAAUGCACACCUCACCCUCCUAAAACACAACAUCAAGCCAAAGAAUGCUUUUUCAUUUUUUUCCCCACCUCACAACUGAACAAAUGCACAUGUACACUCAUGCAGAAACACAGGUACACACUCUCUCUCUCACACACACACGUAAACAUAGAUUUCUAUACACAACCACCUGGCUUAGUGUGUGUAGUGGUUGUCCAGUCAGCAUGUGGCAGGAUGGUCAUGGAAAACAACCCCAGCAUGUCCACCACCUCUGGAAGUCUAGACGGGCAGUGUACCUCCCCUUCCCCCUCUCUCUCUGAAGUCACCUACUAUGGUGGAUGUAAGGGCAUGGACCGGUGGUUGUCUCUCUUAUAUCUUGUAAAUGUGAAUGGGGUACUGUUGUAACCUCAGGCCCACCUCAUGCCUCUCAUACACCCUCAACACCUUUACUUGGGAGUAUUUAGGCCUUUGACUUUUUCAAACUGAUCCCUUCUGGGGGUAUUCAGGGUUCCCUCUAUACUCCAACCUCAUUAGUCAAACAACUACGCCAUUCCUCCUUUUAAUUUAGACAGGUCUAAUAUUAUUCACUCUGUCAAUGAUGUACACUACAGGCAAUAAUUUCAAAGAAUGUGUUUUUGUUGUAACCAAACAGCAGCUACUGUAUAUGUCCAAUGCUAAUGUGAGUGAACCUGAAGAUAGUGGGGAUGUCUGCAUUCGGGUGGAGGGAUGUUGUUGGUCAUAUCCAUGCUUUACCUAAAAGUUUGAUGUCUGAGUUUCCAGAUGAGGGGCUCAAUUUCAUUUACUCCAGACACACACAGACCUUAAAGUCUCCACUCUACAGCUGGUCUCUGAGUAAGAGAAAGAGGGGAGGUGGGGUUAGUCAUUUUGCCCAUGAAAGCUCAUCCUGGGAUAACAACAAAACUAAAUGGAGGUACCUGUUUUACUCAAAGAACCUGUAAUGUUUCUGUGAAUGUUUAAACUGGAAGGUCUUCGGAUGUUUCUUC